AUCAUUCAUUUUCUUCAGUUCUUCUUUCAUUUCAAUUUCGUGAAAACGCCAUUUUGGACGUGUUUCUUCGCUUAGUCGAGCGAAAAACCUUGAUUCACCAUGGGUCACGCAAAUAUCUGGUAUUCUCACCCUCGUAGAUACGGGCAGGGAUCGCGUUCUUGUCGAGCGUGUUCUAACAGGCAUGGGCUUAUUCGUAAAUAUGGCCUUAAUAUCUGCAGACAGUGCUUCAGGGAAUACGCACAUGACAUUGGUUUCAAGAAGUUGGACUAAAUGUUUCGACUGUUUGCAAAUAAACAUUAAGUAUAAGUA